AUGGCUGCUCAGUCGGAAAGUUUGGAGUUUGAGAAAUUUGUCGGAACGGCGCAUGUCUCGCAGAAACUAAUGGGACGUUCAUCGACGACGACGUUCACACUGGAAGAAGCAGAACCUCUGUACGAUGGCCCAGAUGAGACGAUAGAGCGAAUCAUCAUAACCAUCGCCAUAACUCGCCAUCACUCAAUACUUGCUUUGCCCUUCGAAAGCUAA